AUGAAGGACGCUGGCGGGUCACAGCCGGCCCGUGCGUCUCACGGGAACCGUCCCACUGCUGGAGGGUUGUUUGGGGACAGGUCCAGUGCGUCCAUGUCUCACCCGCUGUCUCUGUGCAACACCAGCGAAGAUGACCGCCAGGAGACCAUCUUCAUCAGCAUCGUCAAACUCGAGAGUCCAGAGAGCAAAGUGCCGCAGUGCCAGCCGCUGCUGGAUAAAGCUCGUCUGGCCCUUCAGAGAGGUGCUCAGGCGGUCAUCUUUGACAUCACAGAUGAUCCCGGUGCUGCUCAGGAGCUGCGUGAUUCAGGUUUGUUGCCUCGUCCAGUGGUGCUGGUGAAGUCAUCAGACGCAGAAGAACUGAUGGGACUCGUUAAUAAGAACGAAGAAGCCAUGGUGUUUAUAGAUAUCAUGAUGGAGACGCAAAAAUGGCCUUACUAUGACGUUGGCAUCCUGUUGACUGUGGCUCUGGUUGUGUUGUCCAUCAUCAUGAUCUUUGUUCUACGCUUCCGCUGCAGGUCCAACAGAACCUGGGACUCUGUGCACCAGCAGACCGUGCGUGCCAUCAGCAGGUUGGAAACGCGCACAUACAGCUCUCAGGGUUGCUCUGGCUCCCAGCGUUCUCGUGGGGCUUCAGGCUCAAACAGCAGCUCCAAUUCCAGUCCAGUCUGUGCCAUCUGUCUUGAGGAAUUCAUGGAUGGCCAGGAAUUGAGAAUCAUCUCCUGUGCUCAUGAAUUCCAUAAGGAGUGUGUUGACCCCUGGCUCCUACAACACCGUACCUGCCCACUGUGCAUGCACAACAUCAUGGGUAAACAGCCUCAGGGUUCAGAUCUGGCAUCCCGUCUGCCCCAAAGGAGUCGAAUGCCACCCCCUCCACCAGAGCACAGUCAAGCCUUCCUCCUUCCCCAUAACUAUUCGAACCAACACCCUUAUCCCCAGCACCCUGUUCCCUUUUCCCUUCGCCAUUAUUACCCCCGUAACCCAUCUGGACCUUUACCCCAAUUGGACCACUAUGGCAACUCACCCCCUCUUCAUCCACGGACUCUCCGUUGCAUUCCCAGCGGACCGUUGGGUGCUAGCUGUGCAUAUCACUUGGCUCCAGAUGCCCAUCAUGGACGUCCGCAGAGGACAGGUGGGCGCGGGUGUCGGACUGGGGGGCAUCACUAUGCGGCCCCCAGAAGGUCGUGUCACCGGUACCCCGGAGGACCUUUGCGGAAUGCCUCAGGUUCUCGGAUGCAUCAUGUGCCAUCAUCUGCAAACCAUGCAACGCAUCAUCACCUGCCACGUGGGGGAGGCUCGCACAGUCACCAAGAUGACGGAAGCUGCUCGGGAGGGAGUUACCAUACGGAGCGGAGUGGUUACCUUGCAGACGGACCAGCUAGCGAUUCCAGCUCGGGAUCGUGCCACGGCUCGUCCAGUGACUCUGUAUUGAACUGUACAGACAUCAGCCUGCAGGGUGUCUAUGGCAGCUGGUCUACUUUUCGCAGCUCACUCAGCAGCGAUUACGAUCCAUUUGUCUAUUGCGGACCGGGCAAAGCUCCACGCAGAGGGAGCAUGGAGGCCACACAAAGGCCUCGUUCCCUGGACUCGGUAGUGAACCGAACUGGGGGUGGAAGCGGCGGUGAUGCCGCUGCCAUUUGCCCGGAAGAACAGCAGCAGCAGGUGGCUGUGUUCAGUCAUGUUCACUAUCAUAGGCAUAGACACCACUAUUACGAGGACGGGGAACUUAGUCAAGGGCCCGGCCGAGGCUGUGACGAGGAUCAAGAGGCCAUUUCCUCAGCUGCGACAGCAAGCGGGCCUUGUCUCGUAACUAAAGACAAAGACUCCACUAGGUGUCAGGUACAAAACCAGUCUUGCCACUGCCCCAAAACAGACCUCAGUUCAAGGAGGGUUGAGGAUAGAGACCUGGACCCCGUUUCCACCUCAGGUGCCUCAGUGUUCCUUCCCUCCCCUCCUUUAACCUCUCCGUCCCCACGCUGUUGCCACAAAGGCCCAGGGUGGACAACCAGUCGGAAAGCAGCCGGCUGUCCAUUGGAAGCACCUUCGCCGGUUGUUCAUUUCCAUCAGAACUUGGACCUUCAGGAUGAUUGUAGCAUUCAUAUCCAUUACGGACAGGGAGCGGGAAGCUACUGCUGCACACCUCCGCCAGACAUGGCCCCCACACUGCUGCCAGUGCCCCUAAUCUUGGACUCAACGGGUAUGACCGACUGGCCGUGCUGUAGCGGGGCACAUGUGGUGUGGCAGAAGCAGGUGCAGCAGGCCCAAUCUGAGCCUCAGCCCCUGGGACCCACUUCUGGAAUGGACAGACACCUGUGUAGGGCCUAUCAUGGCCCAGGAGACGAGCUUUCCACAGACUGUCUGUACUGCCAAACUCUACACAAUAGUCAGGGGUCAGAGGAAGAGUCUGGUGUUUGAGCAAACUCUUCAUCGAAAACUCCUCACGCUGCUACACAAGAGCCGAAAUGGACAAAACUGUUCGGCGAUCUCUCGCUGUCUCUUUCACUCAUAUUUUGAGUCUUCCGGAUAAUUCCAAACAUCUUCUGCAAUAUCAAACUGCAUGAACCAGAAUCUCCAGACUUCAGAAUUUCAUUCUUACAAAGAGUUCAGCAGUCAUUGAUGAUUAGAUGGGUUUUCCAAAGUACUCUUCAGUAGUAACUCAAUGUUGCUAUCAUCUUUCUAAUGUCCAGAACAAGUCAUUCUCGAUACUUCACCCAAUACGGUCCAAAAGCAACUUUUGGUAGAAAAACAAGUGGUAUUAAUUCAGACAGUUAUCAGAGGAUCUGGAAGAUGCACAUGAAAUGAGUAUGUGCUCAAUCUUGGUUUCUUCCUUUCCUUUGGAUUAAAACAGAAUUAAGUUAGUAUCUUCUCUCGUAAACAAUUCCUUGAUCUUCAUGAAAGUGCUUAAAGUUUAAACAUGUUCUUUGAGAUUUAGACUUGGCGUAUGUACUCUAUGCAUGUACGUAGACACUUCUAUCUACAAAAGCUUAGUUGUUGUGUUCUGAAAUGUCACAACCAAUUCAUAACACAACAUUAGCGUAAUCUGUCUUGUUCUACAGUCAUGUUUCUCCUUCAGGUUAUCUACUAUCAUGGCGGUAUCAUUAUACCUUGAAGACUGAGAUACUUAGCAUGUACAACGAAACUGAGAGCUUGCAAUGCAUCGGCUGUGCAUUUACUCCUGUGUUUGCGUACUUGCAUAAAGUAGCUUUCAUUAGAUCACCGUGCCUACUGGCUAAUUUUUAACUAUCUAGUCAUUGCGGUGCUACCUGCCUCUUCCUUUUUAUUUCUAGCUCCUUAACUAUGUGUUGGGCUUCGUUCAAGCAUCUGGCCUGGUUUUCCAGCACUACCUCAGAUAACCAAUCAGAAAAGUCCUGUUAGCGAGACGGUACUUCAAAGGUACUUGUGCGCUGGCCUCUCGUUACCCCUGACAGAUAUUAACUCAGAGGAGCUUUAUAUCAUCUGUCCUUGGAAAGGAGCAUUUCCAUGAGGUUUCAGGUCUCAGUUUUGUUAAUUCAAAAAUGGCAGCUGUUAUUUACAAAUGUUUGUCUUCAUUUAUUAAUUUUGCUUGGCAAAACUGAAUGAAUUGACUGAAUAUAUUUGGGGAAAGUUGUGAAGAUUUUUGCUUUGUUUUGUUUCAUUAUUUUGUUCAGGCUGAGAAGGACUACAUUUCCCAGAAUGCUUUGCUUUCACCUCUGUGACUUUCAUAUUCCCUUAAAGGGACACAACAUUUCAUAGAAAUCAACCAGCAUACAAGCUUACCAAAAGUGCCUCUGUAUCCCAUGAAAUGAACACUUCAUGAAGUUUAUACAUACGUUUAUGUAGCCUGCUGUCUUGUUUAUGGCAAUACCAGCCAACUCGCAUAACUUGAGCUGACUCAAUACGUAUUGCCUGCAAGCAUAGUUAUCUUUACUCUGUUACCCAGAAAUCUCUGUUAUCAUAUAUUGUAAAAGCCAACCGUUAAAGGAAUGGUCUGGGUUCAAAACAAGCAAAAACGUGACAAGCUUCCUUAAGUCGGGAAAAAUAUCAGAUGCAGUUUUGAACCCGAAACAUGCCUUUAAGUAAAGAAAAGGAAACACUGGAAAUCUUGCCAUGACAAACACCUGAAUGUUUUUUGUUUUUUUUUUGUCAGUAAAUGGUCAAAUUGGUCAAAGGUCUUGAUCCUUUGAACCACACAUACCCCCGUGAGUCUUUUUGGCAUGUUGAUUUGCGUCAAAAUGAGGCUGAAUCCAAAAUGAAAAUAUGCAUAAUACAAUAUAGUAAAUCCCAGUAUAGGGUUUCCUCAUAUAGGGUUCCCACACCAAUGACUUUUCCAGUUGUUUUUGAUUAUUGGAAAGAUUUUUAAAAUCUCUUAAACAUUUUAGAGCUGUACAUAAUAGCAAAAAAUUAUUCAGACUAUAGAAAUGUUGUUGUUUUCCAUAGCUUUUCCAGGCCUAGAACCUUUUUUUAAUCAAAUGACCUUAUAUUUCCAAUACUUUCUGUGGGAACCCUGUUCAGUUCAGAUACUUGGAUGCAUCUAGACUGUUUUUUGUUCACUUUUUCAUAAACCAAAGAUAAGAAUUAUCCAAUAUUUUCAUUAAGUUGCAGUGAAUUUUGUAAGUCAUUUUAGUAAUUAAGUCCUCAUGAUUUUCUUUUAACUUAAGAUAGUACGUAAACGCAGCUAUUGCCACCAACUACCACAGAUUAUGGAAGAUUUGCACUUUGCACUUCCAUGUUGGCAUCCAUCUCAUUCAGAAUGCAUAAAACUCUUGGCUUUAUCUAGAAAGGAUGCAAACAGCACUUUGCCUUGGGAAAAAAGUCUGAAUGUGAUUCAAGAAAGGAACGCAAAGCAAAACAAUUGAAGCACUAUGUAGCUACCAGUUCUAUGUCAAUCAAUGAAAUGUCAGUGAGGAUGAUUUUAUUUUCUCUACCGUUGUUGAUCGUCAGUUAUGUCUGUAUUGUUCAUAUGCUCUCUUUUCCACAGAGAAUCGAUUAAAACUGCCUUUUUUAAAUAGAGCUAAAUCCCUUCAGAAAUCAAGGGAUAUGCCAGUAUAUGUUUAAUAUUUUGUGUAAAAAAAAAAAAAAAGAAAAGAAAGAAAGAAAAAACAGUUAUAAGAUAAAAUGUUGUAUUUUAUAUAUAAUAGAACAUUUCAAUAUGUUAAUGUCACUAAUAUAUUUAUUUACUAAUAUAUUUAUCCAUUUUUGUCCAGGUCUGAGAAAAUUUGUAAAAAUGUUAUUUUCUCACUUUUGGAAUGAUAUUCUUUAUGAAAAGUACAGCUGCCAUCAUAGAUGUAUAAACCUGGCAUCAUUCCGAUUAUAUACAAAUAAAUUAUUUUGAAAUAAAA